AAUCCAUACGAAACGGGUCACGGAGCUCCGUUAUUACCAUACAAAAUAACACAGUUUAUAGAAUAGGGUUUUGUCUUCAGCUCUGAACCCACCCACCUACGGCGGAACUUAUCUCUGAGGAGUGAAGAGCAGAUUCUGCAGAAGACUUCAACAUGGCAAGAGGGUUGAAGAAACACUUGAAGAGACUCAAUGCUCCAAAACAUUGGAUGCUUGACAAACUUGGUGGAGCCUUUGCACCAAAGCCAUCAUCUGGACCCCACAAGUCAAGGGAGUGCCUUCCUUUGAUCCUCAUCCUGCGAAACAGACUGAAAUAUGCUCUAACAUACAGAGAAGUUAUUGCCAUCUUGAUGCAGCGUCAUGUUCUUGUUGAUGGCAAGGUUAGGACAGACAAGACAUAUCCCGCUGGUUUCAUGGAUGUUGUUUCUAUUCCCAAAACAAAUGAAAACUUUCGUCUUCUGUAUGACACCAAGGGUCGGUUCCGUCUCCACUCUGUUAGGGACGAUGAGGCAAAGUUUAAGCUCUGCAAGGUUCGAUCUGUUCAAUUCGGACAGAAGGGCAUUCCCUAUCUGAACACCUAUGAUGGUCGCACCAUCCGUUAUCCAGAUCCACUAAUUAAGGCUAAUGACACCAUCAAACUUGACCUUGAAAACAACAAGAUCACUGAUUUUAUCAAGUUUGAUGUGGGGAAUGUUGUCAUGGUUACCGGAGGAAGGAAUAGAGGUCGUGUUGGUGUCAUCAAGAACAGAGAGAAACAUAAAGGAACUUUUGAGACUAUUCACGUUCAGGAUGCAAGUGGUCAUGAGUUUGCCACUCGGCUGGGCAAUGUGUUUACUAUUGGCAAAGGAACAAAACCUUGGGUGUCUCUUCCUAAAGGUAAAGGUAUCAAGUUGACUGUUAUUGAAGAGGCUAGAAAGAGGCAGGCUGCUCAAAAUGUAACUGCUGCUUAAAUUUUUUGAUCAAACUAUAUUGCUAGCAGAUUUAUUUAUUUUAAGAUGAGUGGGCAUUUUUGUUGAUUGGGAGGUUUGUUUGGUGAAGUGACUGAGCAUAUUUUUUAUUUUAUUUUCAUUAUACUAGUGCGCAAUUCUGAACUGCUUCAUGCUGUUUCAGUUUAAUUACCUUUAACAAUAUUAUGGUGAUAUGUUCUUCAUCCUAUUAUUUUCUUCUAAAUUUUGUAUUCCAUUGUUGUGAA